AUGAGCAUUAUGAAUUUAAUUAUUCAUCUUAAUAACCUUCAUUGUGGCAAUUGUGAGAAUUACGUUUUCGAACUAUUAUCACAACAUUUUGAAUGGAAAUUCCAACGAGGCGAAACUGGCCACGAUCCUGAGCUGGGUGAUACUAUCAAGCCAUUAUCUAGAGGGAGAAACUCCAAAAAUUCCAGACUUCACGGACGUAUACUAGCUAAUGACCUCGAUUUCGACCUUAAAAGUGGCCUCAUCUCCAUAGGAAUAAGCGACGCAAACGUUACGACGGACGAUAAAUCUAACCGCUCUGAACCACCUUACGCUGACAACUCGCUGGCUCAGAGUUUCAUAAAGAAAGACCUUGAAAAUGCCGGAUUCCUAGUUCGCGAUAUAUACAUUGAGACUCCACACCCCCCGGGGGUGCAUGUUGUUGAAGACCAGAAAACACCGUAUAAACCAAGGAGUCUAUUCAAAUCUCUGAACAUGCAGUUGAACAGACGUAAAUGGGAGAAAAGACAUAUUCAGCAUUGUGGAAAGUGUCAAUAUUCAUACAAACAGAGGCGUGAUGGUACAGCGAUGACAGAACAAGCGCGCAGUGAGGCUCAGUUCAGAGCCGUUUUUGCCAUUGGUGGAAUGACUUGCUCUAAUUGUGCAGGAAUAGUUGAACGAUCCAUCAAAGAGGUCGUGCGGAACUCUGUACCAGAUAAUGAAAGCACAGUUCUGGUGAGUGCGGUAAACCAUACGGCCACUGUCUUCAUCCCAAACAAACAAACUGUACAGCAGAUUAUUGAGACUGUUAAAGAAACAGGAUAUACAGCCCAAUUGCUUGAGGUAUUGCCACUGACAUGCGAGCUUCGUUAUAAGCUAACUGCUGCCAUUGAGGGGAUGACUUGCGCUGCUUGCGCUUCGGCUAUCACGAACGCUGUUGAAAAUUUGGUCUUUGUGGAUGAAGUGGCAGUGAACGUCAUAUCCAAGUCAGCUACCUUCAUUCUGAGCACUGCGGAAAGUAAUUCUCUUCGCGAACUUCAGGAUACGGUCGAAGACUGUGGGUUCCGGUUUCAGAUCCUUGGAGGACUCGAACAUGUGGAUAUCUCUCUUGUUCAGAAGCCCGCACGAACAGUCAAGUUGAGAAUUAGUGGGAUGUUUUGUCCACGAUGUCCGGAGCGAGUAAACGAGGUGCUUUCCAAAAUUGAGAGUACAGAGGUGAUCGCACGAGACCAGGUCUCCAUGCAGACCGCAUUCAUCAAGUUCAAGUAUUUUCCAAAUGUGGAAAAAGGUGUGACCAUAAGAGCGAUUAUUGAUGCCUUAGCAAAAGGGCUUUCUGAAGGAAGCGACUCUAAUAUCAAUAUUUCUAUCGUGAAAAAGGUUUCAAUUGAAGAACAUUUAAGGAUACUUUCCGUUCGUGAAACUUACGGAAUUGCUCUUCGACUCGUCCUAGCUGCCAUCUUUGCAAUCCCCACCUUUAUCUUUGGGGUCAUUGGGGCCUCCUUGUUGCACAGUCAAAACAAUUUUAGAAAAUGGUUAGAGGAUCCAAUUUGGGCUGGUAAUGCAUCGAGGAUGACAUGGAUUUUGUUUAUUCUUGCUACUCCUGUUUACUUUUUUGUGGAUAGCGUCUUCCAUACAAAAGCUCUUCUUGAAGUGAGAGCACUCUGGAGGCAGAAAAAUGAUUGGCAGAGAAGAGUAUUUAGGUUUGGUAGUAUGAAUCUGCUGAUCUCCUUAGGUACCACUGUUGCCUACUUCGCCAGUAUAGCAUUGCUUGCUCUCUCUGCAGUCACCACUAGAGAAAGUGGCCAAAUGGGAUUCACCACCACCUAUUUUGAUUCGGUAGUAUUUCUGACGCUCUUUCUUCUAACUGGCCGACUUCUCGAGAGUUUCUCUAAAAGUCGAACUGCCCUAGUAAUCAGCAGGCUCAGUUUACUGAAGCAACGUGAGGCAACGUUAGUUGAGCAACAAAGCGAAACACGUUUUGUGAACGAUAAAAGAAUGGACGUAGACCAUUUAGAAUUUGGAGAUUUCAUCAGAAUUGCCCCAGGGGAGUCACCCCCAGUCGAUUGCAUAAUUGUCCAAGGUCAUUCGGGCUUUGAUGAGAGCGCAUUAACAGGCGAAUCAGCCCCUAUCGAACAUUCGAUCGGGGAGCAAGUAUAUGCUGGAACUGUAAAUGUUGGGUCUCAUUCACUGGUUGGUAAAUUAUGCGCGCUUGAAGGUCAGUCACUUUUAGAUCAAAUAGUGAAGACAGUUCGUGAUGGGCAAUUGAGGAAAGCUCCUGUGGAAAAAUUGGCCGACUCUUUGACAUCUUACUUCGUUCCUCUGAUUGUUUUGCUAGCAAUUGUUACAUGGGUAGUUUGGGUUUCUUUAGGAUGUAGUGGACUUUUGCCUGGCCACUAUCUCGAUAUCGACUUGGGCGGAUGGACUGUAUGGUCCUUAGAGUUUGCAACCUCCGUCUUCGUUGUGGCUUGUCCUUGCGGAAUUGGUCUUGCAGCACCUACUGCAUUGUUUGUGGGCUCCGGUUUAGCUGCGAAACAUGGUAUAUUGGCGAGAGGUGGGGGCGCGGCUUUUCAGGAGGGCUCGAAGGUAUCAGUGGUAUGUUUUGAUAAAACGGGAACGCUCACUUUGGGCGGGAAGCCUAAAGUGACGAAUUUUGCUUUCCACGGCAACCAAGUGAUGAGGUCUAUUGUUGUUCAAACCGUCAAGGACCUCGAAAACGCUUCCUCGCAUCCAAUCGCUACAGGGAUCAAAGAUUUUAUUAACAACACUUUUGGCGAUAUGUUAGGGAACGUUAAAAUACCAAAAGUUGAGGAAAUUGCGGGAAGGGGCCUCAAAGGAUCGUACGUUUUGGAAGGCACAUCGGAGAAGUCACCUUGGAAUCUCAUGGCACCCGAGAGCGCAAUUCUUGGUAACGAAAAGUUCAUGAUGGAGAACAACUGCCAGCUAACCUCGUCACACCUGAGAAUGUUAGCUGACUGGAAAUUAGAAGGUAAAAGCGUUGCGAUAUUGGCCAUUAAGUGUUCCAACUUUUUCAAAAGUGAGGAAUUUUUCCCCGUUUCGCUUCUUGCAGUGAGAGACGAAAUCAGGCCCGAAGCCAGGGGAGUUAUCGAGUCCCUGCAACGCGAAGGUAUAGAAUGUUGGAUGUUGUCCGGUGACAACGAACUAACCGCUGGCGCUGUUGCCAAGGAGCUCAAUAUCCACAAUGUUGUGGCUGAAAUAUCGCCCGAUGAGAAAGCAACCAAGCUCAACUGGAUCAGGGGAACUCAUCUAGUGAAUGGGCGGCCGCCCGUCGUUGCUUUUGUUGGGGACGGUAUUAAUGAUGGCCCUGCACUAGCUGCAGCGGACGUAGGGGUCGCUCUGGCAAGUGGCACAGACCUUGCAAUGAAUGCAUGCGAUUUUGCUCUUUUGUCAAGCACCAAUACUUUAUGUUCGUUGCUCACACUAUUUCAAAUUUCUCGUAAAGUCUUUCGAAGAGUUCGCUUCAACUUUGUAUGGGCCCUGAUCUACAACAUGAUUGGUAUACCAAUUGCAGCGGGUGUUAUCUAUCCUUAUAAAAACUCGAGACUGUCCCCAGUCUGGGCAAGUGCGGCUAUGGCCGCCUCUUCCGUGAGCGUCGUUACAAGCAGCUUAGCUUUGCGGCUAUACAAACCUACAGAAGUAGCAAAAGACGAACAAGAGAAACUUAACUUUGAGAAAUCUAUGCCUAUUGAACAAAAGUUUCCUUAG